AAAGACACUCUCUUAUCGAUGACAUGAGUGACACCAAUGCUGUCCAGGAAUACAAAGACAUUAUCUAUAAGAAUAUCAUUAAAGGGAUGCAAGUGUUGAUCGACGCCCGCAUCAAACUCGACAUCCCUUGGGGUCGACCCGACAGUGAGAUUCACGCCCAACACGUGUUUGCCUGCGAUAAUAGACAAACAAUUAGUCAACACGUGUUUACACAAUAUGUGCGGCCCAUUGGCCACCUCUGGACCGAUGAGGGCAUCAGACAUGCCUUUGAGCGCAGGAUUGAGUUUCAAUUGAGCGAUGGCGUCCGAUAUCUGUUUGAUAACAUUGACAGAAUCGGUGGCGAAGACUAUUUACCCACAAAUCAAGACAUACUGUACUCUCGAAAGGCGACCAAAGGUGUGACCGAAUACAGUGUCACCAUAAAUAAGAUUCCGUUCCGUUUCGUCGACGUCGGCGGACAGCGAUCGCAACGCCAGAAGUGGUUUCAGUGCUUUGAAUGCGUGACGAGUAUAUUGUUUAUAGUGUCGUCUUCAGAGUACGAUCAGGUGCUGCUCGAAGACCGCCACAAGAAUCGGCUCCGGGAGUCACAGAACAUCUUUGACACGAUUGUCAACAACCGGUGCUUUCAAGAAGUGUCUUAUAUUCUGUUCCUCAACAAAACAGAUCUCUUGGAGGAAAAGCUCAACAAAGCGAGAGUUGUCCUCAAAAGAGUGGAAAGAGUGGAUCAGACGCACAGCAAAACCACCACAACUACCACUACAUGCCAGUCAUCUAAUGGCACGAACGCUAACAGUGAGCGCCAACAGACAAUAGUGAGCGCCGAGAAGAGUGAGCAAACCAAUGGUCAAACCAAUGGUCACAACAAUGGCCUCAAUUGUGAUUAUAAUAGUAAUACUAUCGAUAAGUAUUUCCCAGAGUUUAGGGGCGAUCCCACAGACCUCUCAACAGUUCAGUCAUUCAUUUUGCAACUCUUUGAGUGCGUCCGCAGAGAUAAACGCAAACAACUCUACCAUCACUUCACUACUGCUGUCGACACUGAAAACAUCAAAUAUGUCUUUAACGACGUCCGCAAUACUAUCCUUCAGUCAAACAUAACGCAACUUAUGUUACAAUAAUACCAACAAAAGCAUAAUUCAAAUAUACCUAACCAUAGGUUAUAAUCAAAUAUUAUAUACAGAUAUAUAUUAUAUUAAAUAAUAAU